UUUAUGACGCAGUGGAUUUUCUAGCAUGUGUCCCAAUUUCUAAUGCCUGGGAUGUUCUUUCUCACCAUGUGGUGGUGAUCACUUGCUUUGUACUGGUUGUGAAGUCGGGAUUGUUUAUUCCAUUCGCUGUUGUUGCUUUACUAGUUGAAGUUAACUCCAUAUUUCUUCAUGCUCGUCAACUAAUGCGAAUGGCUGGAUUGUCACAUACAGUUUGGUAUUCGUUGAACAUGCUGACAAACAUUGCAACAUUCAUUGCUUGUCGCUUCAUAUCCAUUGCAUGGAUGAUGAGAUGGUUUUGGCAUAAUGCAGAAGAUAUUGAUCAACCAUACUAUGGAGUUCUUGCAACCAGUUUGCCUGUGAUGUACAUAAUCAACAUCAUAUUGUUUUUCAAGAUCAUGUCGAAGGAUGCAAAGCACAUUUUAUCUAUUGUAAAAAAUUUCAAGUCAGGAAUCCACAACAGCUGGAGAAAAUAUCAAAGUCACGACCAUCCACCUACGUGUAUCAAUUCUAAAAUGUUACGCCGAGAUUAACGACAUUUUGACGUUUAGAUAUAAAAUAUUUUUCAUAGUAGAUCUGCGUAUGACCAAGCAUGCAUAAUAACUAUUUUUCUGUAUCAUGUCCAAAUUUUUUUUACCCAUUUUAAGCUUUCAAGACAUUGGAGUUAUAAACUCUCUAUGCUCCUGAUGUAAACCUACCUGCUGAAAUAAUGUUGUUCACACAAUUUUUAUUAAGUACGAAAGAGUAAAAAUUUUGUCGAAGCCUUUUUUUAUUCACCACUGUUAAAUCAUAUUUUUACUUUCAAUCCUUCCAACAAAGCCAUACAUAGAUGCACAAGAAGCAAACAUUAGUAGAAAGUAUUAAUUUAUGUAUAUGGUCCGGGUCUCCCUGAAGUAUACGCCGCAAGUACUUCUAGUUGGCCUGGCUCAACAAUUUUUGCAUAUGUCAUUCCUAACUCCCACCUGACUAUGUCAUCCGAAAAUUACAUCACUGCGAAGUCGCAGUGAUGUAAUACGGCUUUAUUGAAAAUCAGGCAGAAAGAAGUGACUGGAAGCAUCUAGUGCUCAUCAACAGCCUAAGCCUUUUCUCGUCGAAACGAUACCGAUAAGAGAGAGAUUGCUGAUGUUAGUGAGUUCAAUAUAGACGGCACAGAUGUCAUUUCGGACAAUGGUAGCUAUACUUUAGCAAGCUCUAUGACGCGAUUGUGAUGUCACAGUGAUGUAAUUUUGGGGUGACGUACUCCGGUGGGGGUUAGGAAUAUUAUACUAAUAAAAUCGUUAUGCUACGCCCACUAGAAGUACUUGAGUGAGACUGAUCCUUUUUUGGGCUUAUUUGUGAUGCUGUAGUAAAAUAGGUAAUCAAUGUAACUAAUU